CUAUAAGUUAAUAGUAUUUUUUUUUGUUAUCCCCCAGAAUGAGGGAGAUUGUCAGGCGUUGUCAACCACCCUAAAAGAGGCUCAAAGGAAAAUUCCUCUUCAUUUAAAAAAUGUAAAACCACGUGUGAAUACAUUCUGGAAGAAGGGAGAACUUCAAGACAAAAUUGACAGAGCAAUUAUAAAGCGCUCCGAAGUGAUAAAAUUAGCCGGAAAAAAGAAAAAUUUGGCAAUUUCUAAACCCUUUGUGGCACGAAAGGUGCCAAACUUGGAGAAAGGUACCCCCUUGACACAACUUGAGCCUGACCAUCAGAUUGAACGCUCUGCAGUGGAGGAAUUUGAAACUGAUGCACCUGAAUGGUAUUCAUAUUAUCUCCUGAGUGACGUGAUUGAUAUCGAUGCCGGUUAUGAUAAUAGUCUCAUCCAUAUGACGGAAUAUGUCAGAGAUAUCUUCAGUUAUCUCGUAGAACUGGAAAAGAAGUUCCCAAUUGAGAGGCAGAACAUGAGGAUCUCACUCCAUAUGCGAAGUGUUCUUGUGAAUUGGAUAAAUGCGGUUCACUACGAUUUUCGCCUUGUACCGGAGACGUACUACUUGAGUGUGGCACUAAUUGAUCGUUACCUCCAGCAACGGAAGAACUUUUCACGCAAAUUUCUUCAGCUUCUUGGCAUUACGGCACUUCUGUUGGCCAGCAAAUAUGAAGAGACCAAGCCUCCGUCAAUUCAUGAAUUUGUCAACAUUACCGACAAUUCCUACACAGCCCAUGAAGUGCGGCUGAUGGAGAUAAAAUUGCUGCAUUAUGUGGAGUUUAAUCUUAAUCGUCCACUGCCCACUCACUUCCUGCGACGCUUCAGCAAAGCAGCCAAUGCCACGGAGAAUAUCCAUGGAGCUGCAAACUACUUCCUAGAACUCAUUUCCUUGGAGUACUUGAUGGUUCACCUACGGCCAUCUCUUAUGGCAGCAGCCUCUAUUUAUCUAGCGCUUCGUCUCCUUUGUCCUAACGAAGAUGGCAGCAGCGUGUGGACAAGCAUACUGGAGAAUUAUACCAAUUACACCGAAGGGGAAGUCCUCAAAGUUGCCAAGGAUGUGGCAUUGCUUGUCAUUGAGGCACCUGAUUCGACUUAUCAAGCCAUUUUUUCGAAAUACCAAAACGAGAAAUUGGGUGGAAUAUCCGUUUUGCCGGAAAUGAGCCAAGCCUAUCGAACACCACCGAGUCUCGAACUGGGACCAUCUGCUUUGCCAGUGCUCUACUGUGCCGACUAUUCCUAUCGAACACCACCGAGUCUCGAACCCACCGACCCUCUCCAGGACAGAACAAACGGACACUUCGACCAUCUGCUUUGCCAGUGCUCUACUGUGCCGACUAUUGUACUGGUGGGAACGACCUAUCGAACACCACCGAGUCUCGAACUGGGACUAUCUGCUUUGCUACUGCUCUACUCCUAUCGAACACCACCGAGUCUCGAACUGGGACCAUCUGCUUUGCUACUGCUUUACUGUGCCGACUAUUGCACUGCCUAUCGAACACCACCGAGUCUCGAACCCACCGACCCUCUCCAGGACAGAACAAACGGACACUGGGACCAUCUGCUUUGCCAGUGCUCUACUGUGCCGACUAUUGUACUGGUGGGAACGACCUAUCGAACACCACCGAGUCUCGAACCCUUUGACUCUCCCAAGCAUAGAACAAACGGACACUGGGACCAUCUGCUUUGCCAGUGCUCUACUGGGCUGAGUACAAUUCAAGUAGAAGUAGUCCUAUUUUACAUGAUUAAUCAAAUUCUUAAGUCCGUAGCCCUACAAGAAGAUUAA